AGCUGUGAACGCGGAGGGAGGUGUCCUAAGCAGCUGAGUGGGGAGGAGCCUUUGGCAUUAUAAAUUCCCAAAAGGUGCUCACCUCGCAGAGCCAGAUCCCUGAAGUCUACUCUGUCAGCUGUUGUGGGCACUACCACGUCAGGAUGGGCGCCACGAGAGGCCUGCUGCUGCUCUCCCUGUCUGCUCUAUUCUGCUGGGUCACAGCUGACAUUCACUGUCACUCCUGCAACAAGAUCCCUGUGCUGGGCUGUGUGAAUCGGCAGUCCUGUCAACUGAGGCCAGGACACCGAUGCCUGACAACCAAUGUGUACCUUGGGAAGAUGUGGCUGUACUCCAAGCUCCGCUGUGGCACAUCGGAGGAGCCCUGUUACGAGGAGUUUGAUAAAAUCGAUCACAAGUUGGGCCUGAACUACAACACCACCUGCUGCGAGAAGGACUACUGCAACAGCCCCGCCCCGAGGCCCACGCCGGCCCUGGCCCUGGUGUUCCUCACCUCCUUGGCUGGCCUCGGCCUCUGGCUGCUGCACUGAGGCCACUUUGGAUCCCCACGGGCUCUGACGGCUCCCCACUUUGUCUCCCGCAUGGUACCGUGCCCUCCCUGGGGAGGAACUGGGAUCCAGGCCUGGAGUUGGGCUUCCAUCCAGGCCCCCACACGAGUUCCGAGCAAAGGACCUGACACCCUCACAGCCCCGAGGGCUGACUCCCAGCCUCUCACUUCUCGUUUCCAGUAAUAAAUGCCUGUGUCUCACA